AUGUUCAAUAGAUUUAAGCAAUUAAAACUAUACACUCCUCGUACCAUCAACUUCUUUUCAACGUCGAACACACGAAUCUUUUCCAAUAUGUCUGUCCCUUACAAGCAAGCAGCCCAUAAACUUACUAUGAUUCCAGGACCAAUUGAGUUCUCUGAUGAAGUUCUCUUUGCCAUGGCCACGCCAUCUCAAGCACACACAUCACCAGAAUUCAUCAAGACCUUUCAAACUGUAUUGCAAGACUUAAGAAAGGUAUUCAAGUCCACAGACCCAAAGUCCCAACCAUUUGUAUUAGCUGGAUCUGGUACCUUGGGUUGGGAUGUAGCUGCUACCAACUUGAUUCAACCUGGUGACAAAGUUUUAGUGUUAUCUACUGGAUACUUUUCAGAUUCGUUCGCUGACUGUCUCAAAACUUAUGAAGCCGAUGUGGACGUUAUCACAGCUGAAGUUGGUGAUGUUGUCCCAUUGGAUAAGAUCGAAGCCCAAUUGAAGGCUACCGCUUAUAAGGCCAUCACCAUUACUCACGUUGAUACUUCCACCUCAGUCGUCAGUGAUGUUAAGGCUAUCAGUCAAGUCGUGAAGAAGGUUUCACCAGAUACUUUGAUCAUUGUCGAUGGUGUUUGUUCCAUUGCCGUGGAAGAUUUGGAAUUUGACAAAUGGGGUGUUGACUUUGCGCUUACCGCCUCACAAAAGGCCUUGGGAGCCCCAGCCGGAUUAUCAGUUUUCUAUGCGAGCGAUAGAGCACUUCAAAUUGCCCUUUCCAGAUCCAAGGAUUCAUCAUUCUUUGCUUCAUUGAAAAGAUGGACUCCAAUUAUGCAAGCCUACGAAAGCGGUAAGCCAGCCUAUUUUGCUACCCCUGCUGUACAAAACAUUACUGCCUUGGGUGUUUCAUUAAAGGAUAUCUUGGAGCAAACUUUGACAAAGAGAUUUGAAAAGCACGCCGAAGUUUCAGACAAGUUCAAGGCCGAUUUAAAGGAAUUAGGUUUCAAGAUCUUACCAGUCAACAACACAGUCGCAGCACAUGGAUUGACCGCUGUCUACUUCCCAGAAGGUGUCAACGGUGGUGAUUUCUUGGCUAAGUUAGGAAGCAAGGGGUUCACAGUAGCUGGUGGUAUCCACAAGGCGCUUGUUGGUAAGUACUUCAGAGUUGGACACAUGGGUGUAUCAGUGUACGAAGGUCAUGUUGACCAAGUUACCAAGGCCAUUGCAGAAUCAUUGAAGGAACUUAAAUAA